AUGUCAGGUGAUGUGUUUCCAACAAACUCCGGAGCUGAGCCUCAGCUGUUUGUGGACCUAAAGCCGGAUAUGGAGCCUGCAGGUGUGGAUGAGAAGAUCCAGACACAAAACAGUGAUGAAGGCCACGCCAGCAGAGAGGAAACAAAGUCUGACACACCGCAGACAUUUGGGCACUCUCAAGUCUACACUGCAACUGCAGAAACUCUUUUCUCAAACAAGAUGCGUCAGACAAAACCACAUGUGCUGUCUCUCGAGAGGGUCUAUGGGAUGAAUCCUCAUCUUCCAGUCUUCACUCUGCAAGACCACGAUCAGCUGGUGAUCCUCUAUGCUGGAGCUCAUGUCGGGAUCAUAUAUAAUCACAUGUUAAACUCUCAGCAUAUUCUUCAGGGCCACUCCCAACCCAUCUCUUGUAUGUGUGUGAGUGAAGACCGGCGCUGGAUUGCGACAGCAGACCAGGGCUCAAAAAGUGUGGUGAUGAUAUGGGACUCCUACUCAGGUAUUCCUGUGAACACAUUAUUUGACUGCCAUUGUGAUGGAGGGGUCAGUGCAAUGAGUUUUUCAAGCGACACGAAGCAUCUGGUCACCGUUGGAGCUGAACAGGUUCAGCGUGUGUGCAUUUGGGACUGGACCAAAGAAACACAAGCGCCCUCGUGCUUUACUGAAGUCAGUCCUGCAUGUGGUUUUCAGGAAUACAUCAUUUUUAAUCCAAACGAUAGCACCCAGGUGCUCAGCAUUAGUAAAAGUCAUGUGCUGCUUUACACCACGGCUAAUGGAAAUCUGCAAUGCUUCCCAAUGGACAUCAAGAAGCUCAUUAAUGUACGCGUGAAAAGAAAUAGUUCCACUAAGAAUGAUCAACUCUCUGAAAAUGUGAACUUGGCCGAUGUGGCUCUCAGUCGGUCGGUGUUUCACUGGAGAGAUCCUGAGGUCCUGACAGCCACUGGAUGCAACCUGAUGGUGUGCAAUGUGGAGGAAGGCCUGGUAGCAAACCAGAAUUUCCCCAGUGAAAGAGUCAAGAUAAUCCCACUCCAGAAAUCACUGAUAACGCUUCUCACCGUAACCGACAGCUGCAUCGUCACUGGUGACACUCAAGGCCAAAUCCGAUUUUAUGAUGAGAAUUUCUGCCUUCUCACUUGGUACAGUGAAUUCAAACUGGAUGCCAUUGUUUCUAUUUCCUUUUCCAAAGAAUGUACAGAGGGGCAUCUGGAUGACUGCACUCUGGAGGCAGCGCCAGUCAUUUUAAGAAACUUUGUAGUUUCAACAGUCAGCUCUACUGUCGUGCAUGUGGAUGCACAGCGCAGCAGCUCUCGCAUCCUGCUGCAGGAGGAUUAUGAACCAAUUCACACAGUGGCAUGCCACCCUGAUCUUCCUGCUGUGGCUAUUGGCAAUCAAAGGGGCGUCUUAAAAGUGUGGGACUACAACAACAAAGUCACCACUGACCGCAGGGUUUUUGAGACGGAGAAGCAGAUUCAGUGCCUCACUUUUGACCCUAAAGGAAUAUACCUGGCAGUGGGCUUUGGUAGUGGAGCUGUUCACAUCCUGAAUUCCAAAACCUUACAAAGUGAUCCAGAAGAACGUUUUCAUUACACUAAUGACAGCAUCCAGCUCAUCACUUUCUCCUCAGACUCUAAGUAUCUUGCUACAGCGGACACUGGAAGAGCAGUGACGGUGUUCUGCUGCCAGAUGAAUGGAGGCUCCUCGCCUCGUUGGACGUAUCUGGGAAGGUACCGAUCUCACUCCAAGCCCAUCAAAGACCUCCUUUUCGGGGUGCACCUGGAUAGCACCCAACCCAGGCUGCUCUCGCUGGGCAUGGACCGUCGGCUGGUGGACUAUGACCUCAAAAACAGUGAUGUGAAUCAGCUCCGCAUCUUGAGCUCUGACAGCAUUGAGCAGAGUGCCGUGCCCACGUGUAUGACCUGGUACCCUCCCCUCACAACGGAGCAGUUUCUCCUCACUGCUUCAGACCAGUAUAAGAUGAAGCUUUACAACAGCACAACGAAGAUGUGCAGAAAGACUCUCCUUGGCCCAACAUAUGGCUCUCCCAUUAAGCAAAUAGCUGUGCUUCCAAAGUCUAAAGAGCUGGAAACAACUCCAUAUUAUCUGGCAUUCAUCACAGAAGACAAGGUUGGGCUCCAGAUGUUGCCUCUGGAUGGAAAUCCCUACAAGUCCAGUGCUUUGGUUUGCCAUCCGACCGGGGUGUCUGCGUUCGCCUGCUCUCCAGACGGACAGCUUAUUUUCACCGCAGGAAGCUCUGACUGCAUGCUCCUCUCAUGGGAAAUAAAUCUUAAUGUGUUGGAGGCAGGAGCUCAUCUUGGUGGGAAGGACCUGGAGCCAUUUUUUGCUCUCCUAGAGGGAGGGAGAAAUGGAAAAUUCUACCAGGAGAUGGAGGAUUUUUUUUCUUUCUGCCAAAUCCGUCAUCAAGGUCUUGACUUGAUGGAAAACCGACAACUGUCGACCAAAAUUCCCCUGUCGGAGGUUCCCACUCUAAUGCGAGCUUUGGCUUACUUUCCUACUGAACAAGAGGUAGAACACAUGCAAAACGAGGUGAAAUUCAGCAAAUAUGCUGAAACAGGGAAAUAUGUGACCGACAUCGACCUGGGGGAAUUUAUCAAGCUCUAUGUGAACCAUCGACCAGCCUUCGGCAUCUCUAGAAACGAGAUCAGUCAAGCCUUUCAUGUCCAUGGCCACAGUGAUGGCACAGGACAGCCUGUUUUACAGUCACAUCAGCUGCUGGAACUUCUGCAGGGCCGAGGAGAGCGCAUGACUGAGGAAGAGGUGGCCGAGUGUUUUGCUACACUUUUAGGCCUCAACGAUGAGGAGAAAGAUGAAGAGUGGGAGCACUCAGGCCGUGGCAAAACUCAUAAUGACGAUUCAGUGCGUUCACUGGAGGAUGCAAUCCCAGAGGAAAUAUCAACGGAGACAUAUAUAAGUCACAUUAUGAGCUUCCCUUCCCCUCCAGAGUGA